AUGGCGAUUGUUCCGAUAAUGAUGCCUGCAGAGGGUGCUCAACCUCAACCGGUCCAAGGCACUGAAGCAGUUACCGCGCACAUGGGCAAAGUCUCUAUGGAGCCUACAACGCCCAAUCGGCCUGUCAUUGGCACCUCCGUCCGUAUUACUGUACCUCUCGAAGCGAGCUCAAGACCUAAGGACUCGACAUCAAAAGUCCACACCGAGCGAAAAUUGAUUCGCCGCGACAGUAUGGAACGCCGCGAAGCUCUGCUCAAGGGCAAAGAGGGCUCACGGCAACGUCGGCGAUGGGAGAAUGAUCGCCUCCUAUCAAAUCCAUGGGCCGUACCUCCUUUACCCUCGGAUUGGGAAAUCCGUCCCACGUACCCCCAACGCACUGUUCCUUAUUACCUCGCUCCCUUGUGGGACGCCGCCGAGUUUCAGCGGGUUGUCGAGUCCCGCCUAAAAGGCCGGAAAAAUAGUGCACGAUCUCGAGGCCAAUGUGCUCAAAAUGCCGGCAUGAGUCCAAUGGAAGAGGCGGCCACCAAUAUCCCAAAGGAGGUCCGUGCUAGGUUGAAGCGCGCCAAAGCAGCCAAGGGGCUGCUCCAAGAUCUGGAGGAGACCGUGCGUGCCUUUAUCCAAAGGUGGAACCAAAGAGAAGCUCGAUUGAGGGACGACGGAUUUCAUGAUCUUCCAUUGACAAGCGACAGUGAGGAGGACGAAGAAAUCGUUUUCAUCGGUCGAAACAGUGCCAUGCACGAUUCACCUGGCCAGCCGCUGAGACACCAAGAAGAAGGUCGGGAUGAUACGAUCAGCACCGAAAAAAUGGUCUUUGACGGUCUGGAUAACGACAAAGGAGCAGCUUUCGCCCGAUGGCUCGUCCACUGCGUGGGCAGCUACUACGGCUUGAGGACCUGGAGUGUCACUCGUGACGUCGAGGGUAAGGAAAAGAGGAGAGAAGCCUAUGUGGGGGUGGAUAGGAGAGCUAGAGGGUUCAUGGGCCGGGGAGUCGAGGUCGGUCGAGAAAUCGAACUGCCCAGGCCGUUGUGGGGAAUGGUGUGA